AUGGAUGACUGCUUGGAUUCCUUUAUUGUGGGUGCUUACAUGCAUUUGAUGGGGAUCAAGGAUCUGCAAGAUGAACCUGUAGGCCACCAGCCAUUGUUCCAUCUUCUUUCUGAUCAGGAGAAGUACACAUAUAUCCAUGGAAUAGCAAAGGAUAUUCUUGACAAAUAUGUGAAGAUUGCUGAUGAUAUCAAUGACAUCAGAGAGAAAACAUGCGCACUUGAUGCAGAAGCAAAUCAAAUGAAGGACCUCUUUGAUAAUGAUGAGAUGAAGUAUGUGUGCCCAAAUUGUGAUAAGCAGUACAAAACAAGUGGUGGAAUAAAGAGACAUUUGAAAAAAGUCCAUGAUUUCUCUUUUGAUUAUGAAGAUCAACCACCUACUUCUGGAAGGGACCACAUUGCAAUAUACAGAGCAUCAUUUAUGAAAUGCGCAUUGCUUCUCCGAGACACAAAUGACGCAUAUAAAAUGGGAGAUGGGAACAGAGUGACAACCAAUGCGAAAUUUCAGAUGCUUCUCUCCCGUGUUGGAAAACACAACAAGUAUCAGUUAUGGCUGUUUAGGUAUUUGGCCUACAUCAAUUGCAUCUUAUCACCAAAAAUGGCCUAUGAGUAUCAGUGGAAUUGCUCUGCAAAUUUGCAAGGGGGUGUGGGAAAGAACAUUCCAAAUGAUAAUUUACUAGAAAUUAUGGUGCAAACUGUGAAGAAAAAAAUUUACUCUCAAGGAGCCAAUGCAACAUAUGCCAGUGUUCAGAAAGCUGCACUCACAACUCAAAUUCAAGAAGAAAUUAAAGAGAAUUUGCAAACACAAUGCAAUAAGAAAAAAUCAGGAUCAAGAAGACCUGAAGCAAAUAAAAUCUCAGACAUUUUGGAAAUGGUGACUGAACUGAACAAUGCCAAAAUGUUCGACUACAUUCCUGGUAGAGAAUUUGUUAAUUUCCCAGGUUUUAUUGACUUUUCCUCUCGCAUUAAAGUUGUAGAUUUGCAUGCCUGGAUUACAGAAAAUAGAGAGAGACUGUCUUACGAAGUGCUCAGUUAG